UUACCCCGCCACCCCGCCAUCCAGCCUGCGAAAAAAAAUCAUUCUUCCCGAGCGCAGUCCUGCUUAUCAAGCACCCAGAAGCUCCCUCGACGAUUAAUAAAGCAUUCAACCUUGCUCUCUCUGCUUCGGCCUUCGCUUCUGCUGAUACAUAAUACGAAGCGAUACCCAGCGGUCUCUUUGCGACGUCAUACAAACGAACCGAAACAUCUCGGACGAAGGACAACCCCAGCAGGCGCAUCACCCGAAGAAGUGCGAAACCACCUGCGCAAAAGACGACUCGGAGGAGAAACAAAGACGAUCAGAAUCAAAGACAUUAAAAAAAGUACCUACAUAAACCCAUAGACAACAGUCGAAAUGUCCGCCUCCAAGGACAACAACGCCAACAUCCCCCACGAUGACGGCCAUGAGUCGGAGCCGGAGAUGCUCGAGGCCGACGAGGUCGGCGAGGAGGUGAACGUCGACGACGAGGACAUGCCGAUGGACUCGGACGACGAAAACGACGGCAACGAGGAGAUCAACCUCCAGAACGACUCGAUCGCCUACUUCGACCUCCACAAGGACUCCGUCUUCGCCAUCGCCCAGCACCCCAUCCAUCCGACCCUGAUUGCCACCGGCGGCUCUGAGGGCGACACCGACGACGCCCCAGGCAAGGGCUACCUCUUGUCCACCGCCACCGCCGCCUCGCGCCCCGUCCUGCCCGCCUCCUACUCGGGCGACAACUCGCAGCAGCAGAGCACCGGCCUCGAGAGCAUCUACGCCAUCGAUGGCCACACCGACUCGAUCAAUGCCAUCGCCUUCACCCAGCCGCACGGCGACUUCCUCGUCACCGGCGGCAUGGACGGCCGCCUGCGCGUCCACGCCAUGCGCGUCAACUCUCCGACCGCCGAGGCCGCCUCCGUGCAGAUCAAGUUCAUCGCCGAGGCCCAGGAGGUGCCCGAGAUCAACUGGAUCGCCCCCUGCCCCUCGCCGCGCUACCCCAACACCAUCGCCCUCGGCGCCAGCGACAACUCGGUCUGGGUCUACACCAUCGACGUCGCCAACGCGCCGGGAGGCAACCCGGCCAACGCCCUGCAGCUUGUCCAGACCUACUGGCUGCACCAGGCGCCCGUCACCGCCGGCGCCUGGACGCCCGACGGCAACCUGCUGUGCACCGUCGCCGAGGACUCGAGCCUGUACGUGUGGGACGUCUGGGGCGAGGCGGCGGCCAAGGGCCUCGUCGACAGCAACGGCCAGACGACGGUGGCCCUGACGGGCGACGACCAGCGCUUCGAGGUCGAGGGCGGACUGUACAGCGUCGCCGUCGACCCCAAGGGCGCCCUCGUCGCCGUCGGCGGCGCGGGCGGCGCGAUCCGCAUCGUCAGCCUGCCGAGGCUCGCGAGCAGCGCGCAGCCGGGCCGGGGCGGCAAGAGCAAGACGGGCGCGGACGUGGCGGCGGGCGGGCAGAUCCUCGCGGCGCUGCAGACGGCGGCGGACAGCAUCGAGACGCUGAGCUUCACGACGGCGAUGGGCGGCGGUCCGGGCCAGGUGUCGACGCUGCUGGCGGCCGGGUCCGUGGACGGGAGCGUGACCGUGUUCGACGCGGGCCGGCGCUUCGCCGUGCGGAGGAGUCUUCCCGGCGCGCACGAGGAGUUCAGCGUCGUCAAGGUCGAGUUCGUCCGGGACACGUGGCUGCUGACGACGUGCGGCAUGGACGGCGUCGUGAGGCGGUGGGACCUGCGCGCGCAGGACGCCGGCCUGGUGAAGGAGUGGAGGGGACACCGCGGCGACGGCGAGGGCGGCGGCGUGCUGGGUUUCGUGCAGGGCGAGACAGGGGAGAGGGUCGUCACCGCGGGCGACGACGGUGUCGUCUUGGUCUUUGAGGCAUGAGAGAGGGGAGGGAGAGUGUGUGUGUGUCUGUCUGGUUUUGGGAUGAUGUUUGCUUGCGUUUUCCUUGAUAUGAUGAUGAAGGCGGGAUAGAUAAAAAAAGAA